AUGGAAAUGGUAUAUCGUCUUGAAAAGGAUAUAUUUCAACCUCAGGAUCAUAAAGAAAAAAUUAUUCAACAAUAUUAUGAUCGUAUUUGUAGAGAUUCAAUUUUAUUCUUCAUUGUCUUGGGAAGUAUAACAAUCUUUUUAUAUACAAUUAGCCAUAUAUUACUAAUGAAACCACCGGAAGUAUUACCAUAUAGAGGUGCAAUACCAUUUGAUUAUUCAAUAUCAUAUAUUUAUUGGAUUGUAGCAAUUGAACAGAUUUAUGCUGUUAUUGGAGCUGCUUCUGUAAAUGCUGCUUUUGGAGCUUUUUUUCCUAGUAUUAUGAUUCAAAUUUGCGCCAAAAUAAAAAUCCUUGUUCAUCGCUUUCAAAUAACUCUAAGCACAUUAGAACAUAUUUCAAGUCAGAAGAAUUUAAGUCCUUAUGAAGUUAGUAUGAUUGAACAAAAGCUAAUCUCAAAAUGGUUAAAGAACCAUCUAGAAAUUCUAAGAUUAUUCGAAUACGCUAAAUCUUUAUUCUCAACAGUAGUUUUUAUACAUUAUGUGAUUACUGCAUUUGCAUUAUGUACAAUUGCAUAUGUUUUAUCAAACACUGAUUUUCAUAGUGUUAAUUUUAUUGGGAAUUUUUUAUUUUUUAUUGCUAUGAUGUCGUUGCAAUUUUUGCAAUGUAUUUCAGCGAAUCAAGUAACUGAAGAGUUUGCUAGUCUUCAUAACAUAAUAUAUGAUACCAAUUGGUAUGCUGUAAGUAAUAACGUGCGGAGGUCCAUGGUGAUAAUAAUGACCCAAACACUGCAACCAAUUAUAUUUUCUAGUGGGCAUUUUGUUACUUUAUCUAUAGAAUCAUUCAAACAUGUUCUAAAAGCUUCAUACACAAUUUACAAUGUUUUAGCAUAG